AUGAGCUCCGUGCCAUCAACAGUACCAUUCUCUGAACCUCCGUGGCUUGCAGGUCUUCCAUCACCUUACUACAACGAAUCCCACAGGAAAUGGCAGAAAGCAUGCCGCGACUUCAUCUCAGAGUACUUGGCACCGCAUGCGCUACAAUGGGAGACUGAGGGAAGCGUCCCUGAUCACGUCUUUAAAACCUUCUCCAAACACAACAUGCUCAUCCCAAAUUUGCCUGCUCCACUGCCAAUCGAUAUGCUAAAGAGGCUUGGUAUCACUGAACUUGCAGGAGGUCUCAAAAUCGAACAGUUCGAUUACAUGCACUUUUCCAUCUACAUCACUGAAAUGCGCAGAAUUGGUAUUGGCGGUCCAGCCUCUUCCUUGUCAACUGGUAUGGCCUACGGUAUGCCCCCAAUUAUUACAUAUGGUAGCGCCGAGUUGCAGGAGAGAUUGCUUCCGGACUUGAUAAGGGGGAACAAGAGGAUCUGCAUUGCUAUCACUGAGCCUGACGCUGGUAGCGACGUGGCCAACAUUACUACCACAGCUGAGAAGAGUCCCUGCGGCAAGUUCUACAUUGUGAAUGGAGAGAAGAAGUGGAUCACCAACGGUAUCUGGUCGCAUUAUGCUACUAUGGCCGUUCGUACAGGAGGCUCCGGUCCUUCAGGUUUGUCGCUUCUUGUGGUUCCACUGCUGGACUAUCCAGGCGUCACCAUGCGCCGAAUGAAGACAAGCGGUGGAACAACAAGUGGCACAACCUUUAUUGACCUGGAGGAUGUUAAAGUCCCAGUGGAGAAUUUAAUCGGUCUAGAAGGCCGAGGCAUGAAGAUGAUUACACGGAACUUCAACCACGAAAGACUUGCAAUCUCAAUUGGUGUUGUCUCCUCAGCUAGAGCAGCCCUCUCGGCAGCGUUCGCAUAUGUUCUCAAACGCGAGGCCUUUGGAAAGCCACUAAUGGACCAGCCAGUGGUUCGCAACCGCCUAGCGAGGGCAGGCGCAGAGCUUGAAUCAAUCUCAGCUUGGGUGGAGCAGCUCGUCUAUCAGCUGUCCAACCUUGAGGGCUCAGAUAUGAGUCAGGCCCUAGGAGGUCUACUGGCAUUAGCCAAAGCUAAAGCUGGCCUCGUCAUUGAUGAAUGUGCUCGCUGCGCUAUUCUACUCUUCGGUGGCAAUGGAUACACCCGCACGGGACAGGGGGAGCUGGUGGAAAAGAUCUAUAGAGAGGUGCCGGCUGCGAGGAUUCCCGGGGGCACUGAGGAUGUCAUGUUUGAUUUGGCCAUUCGCCAACUUGUCAAGGUAUAUGGGUCGAAGACGAAGGGAAUAAACGCGCUCAAGUUGUGA